AUGUGGCUGAUGCUUACCAGCGACAACUACACCGAGUGGGCGAUGCUGAUGCAGUGCAACUACGAAGCAUUGGAGAUCUGGGGGGUGAUCGACCCGGGUACCGAUCCGAAGCGUGCACAAGAUCGUCAAGCCAUGAGCGCGCUCUUGCGUUCUGUCCCAAAGGAGAUGUGGCAGUCGUUGGGGAGGAAGAAGACGGUGAAGGAGGCGUGGGAGGCGGCUGGCCGUCUUCUCCUCGCCGAGGAUGACUGGCUUGAGAAACAUAAGCACCGCUUCCACCCAGGGCCCAAGCAAGGUGGAGGUAAAUUCGGCUCUGGGUCUUCAAAGGGCAAGGCGGCGGCGCGCCCAGACGGUGGUGCCCCGGAUCAGGUCAAACUGACCUCCAUGGGCACGCCAAGGAGGAAAGGCCGGUGCCGCAAUUGUGGCAUUUACGGUCACUGGGUGGAAGACUGCAAACGCCCGAAGAAGGAGAAGAAGGAGGCAGCACAGCCGGAGGAGAACAUCGCUGUCGGCGGAGCUGAACAUGGUGGCGCUCUGCUGCUGGCCACGUGCGAUGUCGUGCACGAGCCGACGCAGAUCGUGCAUCUCAUGGAGAAGGUGAUUCCCAUCGACGUUCCUGAUGGAGUGUGGGUGCUUGACACCGGCGCUAGCAACCAUAUGACCGGGACUCGAUCAGUGCUGACACAGCUCGAUCGAUCUGUUCUCGGCACCAUGCGUUUUGGUGAUGGCUCCCGCGUCGAAAUUGAAGGGAUCAGCUCAGUGGUGAUUCAAGGUCGCCAUCAACUAUCUCACAAGGUAUUAACUGACGUUUAUUACAUUCCUAAGUUGAGAAGUAAUAUAGUCAGUUUGGGGCAAUUAGAAGAGAAAGGUUUCAAAGUGGUUCUGGAGAAUGGCAAGAUGUGUGUGUACGAUCAAGGACGUGCUUUGUUGAUUUCUGCUCCUAGAACCACUAACAGGCUCUAA